AAGGAGACCUCUUGCCUUGGGGCUGGGUCUGAACCAGGGAGGGGCUGAAGAAAAUCAGCAAGUUGGUGCCAGUUCCCCUCAGGGCCUCAAGGGACCUCUGCCUGAGGAAUCAGCAUUUGGCUUUGUAAGCACCAGGAUACUCCUGGAAGCUCCAGGGCUGGGAGCCCGCACCGCCGCGCCCGGGCAGCGAGUGAUGAUCACCUAAGAGGCCGGCGCAGGCGGGCGUGAGUGGCGGAGGAGCCGGGCGCGGCGACACGCGGCCAUGGAGCGGGAACCGGCGGGGACCGAGGAGCCCGGGCCUCCGGGACGGCGGCGGCGCCGGGAGGGCAGGACGCGCACGGUGCGCUCCAACCUGCUGCCGCCCCCGGGCGCCGAGGACCCUGCGGCUGGCGCGGCCAAGGGCGAGCGGCGGCGGCGGCGCGGGUGCACCCAGCACCUGGCCGACAACCGGCUCAAGACCACCAAGUACACGCUGCUGUCCUUCCUGCCCAAGAACCUGUUCGAGCAGUUCCACCGCCCGGCCAACGUGUACUUUGUCUUCAUCGCGCUGCUCAACUUCGUGCCGGCGGUGAACGCCUUCCAGCCCGGCCUGGCGCUGGCGCCGGUGCUCUUCAUCCUGGCCAUCACGGCCUUCAGGGACCUAUGGGAGGACUACAGCCGCCACCGCUCCGACCACAAGAUCAACCACCUGGGCUGCCGGGUCUUCAGCAGGGAAGAAAAAAAGUACGUGAACCGAUUCUGGAAAGAAAUCCACGUGGGAGACUUUGUGCGUCUUCGCUGCAACGAAAUCUUCCCUGCGGACAUUCUGCUGCUCUCCUCCAGUGACCCCGACGGGCUGUGCCACAUCGAGACCGCCAACCUGGACGGAGAGACCAACCUGAAGCGGCGGCAGGUGGUCCGCGGCUUCUCGGAGCUUGUCUCCGAGUUCAAUCCUUUGACGUUCACCAGCGUGAUCGAAUGCGAGAAGCCAAACAACGACCUGAGUAGGUUUCGCGGCUGCAUCAUACAUGACAACGGGAAAAAAGCCGGGCUGUAUAAAGAAAACCUGCUGCUGCGGGGCUGCACCCUCAGGAACACGGACGCCGUCGUCGGCAUCGUCAUCUACGCAGGACAUGAAACCAAGGCUCUGCUGAACAACAGCGGGCCCCGCUACAAGCGCAGCAAGCUGGAGAGGCAGAUGAACGGCGACGUGCUGUGGUGUGUCCUCCUCCUUGUUUGCAUGUCCUUGUUUUCAGCAGUCGGACAUGGACUGUGGAUAUGGCGGUAUCAAGAGAAGAAGUCAUUAUUUUAUGUCCCCACAUCUGAUGGAAGCUCCUUAUCCCCAGUCACAGCUGCAGUUUACUCAUUUUUAACAAUGAUAAUAGUCCUGCAGGUUUUGAUUCCAAUUUCCUUAUACGUUUCCAUUGAGAUUGUUAAAGCAUGCCAAGUGUACUUCAUUAACCAGGACGUACAGUUGUAUGACGAAGAAACAGACUCGCAGCUGCAGUGCCGAGCUUUGAACAUCACGGAAGACUUAGGGCAGAUACAGUACAUUUUCUCAGAUAAAACUGGCACUCUGACAGAGAAUAAGAUGGUUUUCCGAAGAUGCACCGUGUCUGGUGUAGAAUAUUCUCAUGAUGCAAAUGCGCAGCGUCUGGCCAGGUACCAGGAGGCUGACUCGGAGGAGGAGGAGGUGGUGCCCAGAGGGGGCUCGGUGUCCCAGCGCGGCAGCAUCGGGAGCCACCAGAGUGUCCGGGUGGUGCACCGAACCCAGAGUACCAAGUCCCACCGGCGCACGGGCAGCCGGGCCGAGGCCAAGAGGGCCAGCAUGCUGUCCAAGCACACGGCCUUCAGCAGCCCCAUGGAGAAGGACAUCACGCCUGACCCGAAGCUGCUGGAGAAGGUGAGCGAGUGUGACAAGAGCCUAGCCGUGGCGAGGCACCAGGAGCAUCCGCUGGCCCACCUCUCGCCCGAGCUGUCUGACAUCUUUGAUUUCUUCAUUGCACUCACCAUCUGCAACACAGUCGUCGUCACGUGCCCGGAUCAGCCACGAACAAAGGUGAGGGUGAGGUUUGAGCUGAAGUCCCCCGUGAAGACGAUAGAGGACUUCCUGCGGAGGUUCACACCCAGCUGCCUGACCUCAGGCUGCAGCAGCAUCGGGAGCCUGGCCGCCAACAAGUCCAACCACAAGUCGGGCUCCAGCUUCCUGUCCACCCCGUCCAGUGACGGCAUGCUUCUCAGGCUGGAGAGCCUGGGCCAGCCCACUUCGGCCAUCACCAGCAACGGCUACAGCAGCCAGGCGGAUGACUGGGCCUCGGAGCUUGCCCAGGAGCAGGAGCCAGAGCGUGAGCUGCGGUACGAGGCCGAGAGCCCAGAUGAGGCGGCACUAGUGUAUGCGGCCAGAGCCUACAACUGCGUGCUCGUGGAGCGUCUGCACGACCAAGUGUCUGUGGAGCUGCCCCACCUGGGCAGGCUCACCUUCGACCUCCUGCACACACUGGGUUUCGACUCCAUCCGCAAGAGGAUGUCAGUGGUGAUCCGGCACCCGCUUACCAAUGAGAUCAACGUCUACACCAAGGGGGCCGACUCAGUGGUCAUGGAUCUCCUGCAGCCCUGCUCUUCAGUUGACGCCAGAGGGAGGCAUCAAAAAAAGAUCCGGAGCAAAACUCAGAAUUACCUCAACCUGUAUGCGGCGGAAGGCCUGCGCACCUUGUGCAUCGCCAAGAGGGUUCUGAGUAAAGAAGAGUAUGCCUGCUGGUUGCAAAGCCACCUAGAAGCAGAAUCCUCCCCGGAAAACAGCGAGGAGCUCCUCUUCCAGUCUGCCAUUCGCCUGGAGACGAACCUGCACCUGUUAGGUGCCACUGGGAUUGAAGACCGCCUGCAGGACGGAGUCCCUGAAACUAUUUCUAAAUUGCGUCAAGCGGGCCUGCAGAUUUGGGUUCUCACUGGUGACAAACAAGAAACCGCCGUCAACAUUGCGUAUGCCUGCAAACUGCUGGACCACGACGAGGAGGUCAUCACCCUGAACGCCACGUCCCAGGAGGCGUGUGCAGCCCUGCUAGACCAGUGCCUACGCUACGUGCAGUCCAGAGGCCUCCAGAGAGCCCCUGAGAAGACCAAGGGCAAAGUGAGCAUGAGGUUCUCCUCUCUCUGCCCACCCUCCAUGUCCACUGCCUCUGGCCGCAGUCCCAGCCUCGUGAUCGAUGGGAGAAGCCUGGCCUACGCUCUCGAGAAAAACCUGGAGGACAAAUUCCUCUUUCUUGCCAAGCAGUGCCGCUCCGUCCUCUGCUGCCGGUCGACGCCUCUGCAGAAGAGCAUGGUGGUGAAGCUGGUGCGGAGCAAGCUCAAGGCCAUGACCCUGGCCAUAGGUGACGGAGCCAAUGAUGUCAGCAUGAUCCAGGUGGCAGAUGUGGGUGUGGGAAUCUCCGGCCAGGAGGGUAUGCAGGCAGUGAUGGCCAGCGACUUUGCGGUGCCGAAAUUCCAAUACCUGGAGAGGCUCUUGAUUCUUCACGGGCAUUGGUGCUACUCCCGACUUGCCAACAUGGUGCUGUACUUCUUCUACAAAAACACAAUGUUCGUGGGCCUCCUGUUUUGGUUCCAGUUUUUCUGUGGCUUCUCUGCAUCUGCCAUGAUUGACCAGUGGUAUCUAAUCUUCUUUAACCUGCUCUUCUCGUCGCUUCCCCCACUCGUGACUGGGGUGCUGGACAGGGAUGUGCCGGCCAACGUGCUGCAGACCAACCCACAGCUCUACAAGAGUGGCCAGAACAUGGAGGAAUACCGGCCGCGAACGUUCUGGUUUAACAUGGCUGACGCCACCUUCCAGAGCCUGGUUUGCUUUUCCAUUCCUUACCUGGCCUACUAUGACUCGAACGUGGACCUGUUCACCUGGGGGACCCCUAUCGUGACGAUCGCACUGCUCACCUUCCUGCUGCACCUCGGCAUUGAGACCAAAACCUGGACCUGGCUCAACUGGAUAACGUGUGGCUUCAGUGUCCUUUUGUUUUUCACCGUGGCUUUGAUUUACAACGCGUCUUGUGCCACGUGCUAUCCUCCGUCCAACCCUUACUGGACUAUGCAAGCCUUACUGGGUGACCCAGUGUUUUACUUGACUUGCCUGAUGACACCUGUCGCUGCACUGCUGCCCAGAUUGUUUUUCAGAUCCCUUCAGGGGAGCGUUUUCCCCACCCAACUUCAGCUAGCACGUCAAUUGGCCAGGAAGUCCCCCAGGAGACACAGGACUCCCAAAGAGACCUUUGCUCAGGGAUGCCUCCCGAAGGACUCAGGAACCGAGCACUCAGCAGGGAGGACCGUCUCUGUGCCCCUGUCCCAGCCUUCUUGGCACACACAGCAGCCAGUCUGCUCCCCAGAGGCCAGCGGGGAGCCCAGCACAAUGGACAUGAGCAUGGCAUUGAGGGAGCACACCCUGCUGGAAAGGCUGAGUGCACCGGCGCCCAGGUCCUCCACGCCAGGGGAUGCUGUCCCGGGAGGGUGUCCUGAGGAGUCCAAGGUGAGAGCUGCCAGCACCAGCAGGGUGACCCCGCUGUCUUCCCUCUUCAGCCUGCCCACCUUCAGCUUACUCAACUGGAUUUCCUCCUGGUCACUGGUCAGCAGGCUGGGGAGCGUCCUACAGUUCGCCCGGACGGAGCAGCUUGCCGAUGGACAAACGGGACGUGGACUUGCUGUCCAGCCCCACUCAGGCCGAUCAGGACUUCAGGGGCCGGACCACAGACUACUUAUAGGAGCAUCUUCAAGGCGGUCGCAGUGAAAACCUUGAAAUGGCCUUUUUUAAUAUAUAUAAAUAAAUGUUAAUAUUAUUUAUGUUUAUUAUUUGCACAGAAGAAUUCUAGGGAGAUGUAUUGCUAAAUGUUUCCCAGGCUAAUACAGGAAACAAGAGGUACCAAAAAAGAAAGUUUAUUUUUUAAAGUUCUGAGUAGAGUAUAUUGAAAAGAAAAAGAAGAGCUUUAACAUAUAUAAAAGUUUAAAGAAGAGUGACAGUUGAAAAGUGUGUUUAGAUUUAUUUUUUCAUCUCAUUUUUAAGAACAAGCAGUGUGAUUUGUUUUCUUCAACGUGCAUGGCCCUGCUUUCCCUGGGUACAAACGUGUGACCACUCAGUGAAUGCAGGCAGGUGCGAACACGGGGGAGCAGUGAGCAGAGAUGGCAGAGGGCACAGCACGUGGCCCCCAGACGCAGAGUCCCCCACGGGCUUCCAGUCCCACCGACACAGGAGGGCCGGGCUCUGAGUUAUCCAGGUGAGGGAAAGGAGACCUCAGGAAACAUUCAUGGUUGCGUGCAUCCCAGCAUUCCGUUCCGGGCAGGCAUUUCACGAAGACCACUUAGGUGUUACAGCCUGGUGUAGUAUUUUGCCUGUUAAAUCAUAACAAGCAAUAAACAACCUUCACUUUGCAAAGA